UACAGAAGCAACAGUUGUAACGUGAAGGUGUCUGAUUUUGUGACACUCCCUUCCUAUAACGAAAAAGUUGGUGUAGGAUGACUAUAUGAUGAUUCAAACUUUAUUACAAACGCUUUGAAGUAAAACUUUCAACGUCUUUGGAGUUGUCUGAUUAAACGAUGCAAAGAUGGCAGCCGUCAGAGCAAAGUCAUUCCGCCGUGCUGGAAGUCUGAUGAGGAGCAAAUCUGAGGGCACACUAAUUGAUUUAGAUGAUAAUGGAACACUCAACAUCAACAAUUUGAAUGGUAGUUACAUUUCACAUCUAGUGACAAAGCAUUCUGAGUGGCCAGUUUUACAGCCAGAGGUAAAGCAUGAAACUCAGACCAAUCCGUUCUGGAGCAAGUUGUCUGGAUCCAACCCAUUUCUUGAUGACAUCGUACACAAAGAUGAAAACAGUGGCAGUGUAUCGAUUCUGCAGGAGGAUCCGUCCUCUCUUUUUGGUGGUGUCAAUGAUGACACCUUAAGCACAUCCUCAGAUGAAAGUCGUUCCACCCAUUUUCUGGGUGCCAGACAUAAAAGCUCCAACCAGUCUGGUCGGUGGAGAAGUGCCUCCGAUAUUCUUGAUGACCUGGAGAAAAGGGAGACAAAAAGGGAGAGUAGGGAUACUAGCCUCAAAAUAUCUGGCUCAUUCAUGAACCCAGAUUUUGAGUGGUUAAAGAAUGACAGAGAGGCCUACAAAAUGGCGUGGUUGAGUCACAGACAAUUGACAAGGUCUUGCCUAGACCUUGGCCUGAUAAGUCAGAGUCCAGGAUGGGCCCAGACUCAGGCCGCUGACUCCCAGGUGAUCUGCAAGAUCGGUCACGCUGGAGGGUCAAUGCAGCUACCAGACACUGACAUUAGUGUCCAUAUCCCAGAAGGCCAUGUAUCCCCAGGGGAGAUUCAGGAAAUCGUACUAAAAGCUAUCCUUGAGCCUCCCCGCGGCCUUAACAACAACUACACGACAACCAUGAGUCCUCUUCUGGAAAUGAGAGUAAACAACCUCAACACAAAGGAAUGCAUCAUGCUGGAGAUGAAAAUGGCUGGGGAUGUCAAGAAGGACCCUUUGAGUCAGGUCAUGACAACUUUCGUGGGACUUGUGUCCCACAAGAGAGAGGGACCUUACCAAAAGGUAAAAGACUGUUACAUUUACAAAAACAUGAUGCAGAUGAAGUUGCAGGACUUGAAGUCACACUUUUACGUUAUUGUCUGUGCGGAGGCCUCUGCUAUCCAGCCCCCUGCUACAUCAGUUUGGGAUUAUCUGGACCGCCACAUCAACUUGGCGGUUUACGGCCCAAGGUAUAUCCAUCCUUCCUUCAAAGUCGUCGUAGUUGUCUCUUGCCACGAAAACAUCCCACUGAGACUUCCAUUCUCAGACAUCCACAGGGGGAGCAGAAAUCUUCCACCUCUUGUGCUGCAGCUGUGGGGGAAGCAUCAGUUCAUGCCAGCGAAAAUGGACAACCUGAAUAUCGCAACCAAUAUCACUGAUUCAAAGUUUGAAGUCAAGGACGAGGACAAAAGAAAGGAGGUGAAACAAGGGCUCCUCAAGCUGGGCAAGGUUCUUCAUCUGCCACUCGAGCUCACCAAGGUUGGUAGCGGGGAGAUUACCUCCUUCAAACUGAACCUCCAGCUACGAGAUUCAAACUGUGUGACUCUGACACAGUUCCAGGUCCAAUCCCCUGCUGUAGCACAUAUUAGGUCAGAGAAGCGAGGCCCUAGACGACUGGACCAGCGGAAGGAGAUUGGAAGAUCCUUGCCCAUCCAUGAGGAAGCUAUUCAAGAAUUCCCUCAAUUCCAGUCCAGACCUGUGAACUUGCAGUGGUACGGCGUGGCUCUGAAAUCAGUGAUCCGCCAGCCACGCGUGGCGUACCUUCUGGAAUACUUCAAGGGGGACACGGUGGCCCUCCUGUCCAGGGAGAAGGUGAGGUCAGUGGGCCAGUCGAGGGUGAAGGAAUGGUACAUCGGUUUUCUCCGAGGCAAGACUGGCUUAGUUCAUUGCAAAAAUGUCAAGCUCAUCACUAGAGACCAAGUGAUUGACUUCACUGGCAUCAACAUGACCACCGAUGUGCUUCUGGAAAACAUGACACUGCCGUUUAAGAAGCUAACCUACAUGUACUCAGCCAUCCAGAACCUCGUAACUGAACACAUUCCCAGCUGGAGAGGGUUUGCCGACGCCCUGGGUUACUCUAACCUGUCCUUGGAUGUGAUCACAAGGAGGCAUGCUGAAACAGAGGCCGACCGGGUAGCCUGUGUGCUGGAGAAGCUGAAGGAAGAUUGCCAUGCAGAAAAGAGCCUGAAGAAGUUCCAGCAUGAGCUUAUGAUUGGUCUGUUGAAGAUUGACGCUCAGGCCCUCGUGGCACACCUGAUUCAAAACACAGUCAUCUUGUCAACAGCAGUGGAGCUUGGUAUCAGAUGGAGAGAGAUUGCUGAGCGAUUGGGGAAGCUCACCAGUGCCCAGAUAGCUGGCUACGAGGCACCACAUCGAGGGAAGGGUGGAGAAGUCAGUGCCCAGUCCAUGUGGAAACCUGCCUAUGACUUCCUGUAUUCCUGGAGCCUGCGGUACGGGAAGGGAUACAGGGACAUGGUCCAGGACCUCCACUUGGCCCUGGACAAGAUGAAGAGCCCCGUCACUAAACAGUGGAGGCACCUGACUGGAGCUCUGAUUACAGUGAACUGUCUAGAGAUGUUCCAAGUCUCUGCAUUCCCUAACCCUAGAACUCUGAGGACUCGAUGAAAGAUCUUUGUAUGGCCGUAGUUGUCUUGUCACCAAUGUUUUUUGUUACAAUAUGGAAUUCUUCCAUAAACGUUUCUUUUUUUUGGUUGUUCACAAUGUUUGCUUCUUGUUUUGGCUACCCGCAAUGCUUUGGGGCUAUUUUGUUA